UAAUUAACUAUACUAUCGACCAGCAGACGACAGCUAGACAGUUUGCAAGUGGGAGUGUAUAACAGUUCCUGUCUGGUACUCAACCAGCACGUGAUUCCACUUCGUCGACCUAGACGUCUACAUCUACAAAAUGGAAAGUUGGGCUGAGAUCUGGGAUAUCCCAGAAGUAGCCUUUCCUCUCCGAAUGGCAAGAACGAGAGAAGACUUCGACCAGCUCGCAAUCCUUAAUUUCGAAGUCGAAGUUCGCGGUCCGGACAGCGUCAAGCUCGACAACGGCUGCAGCAUUGAACUCUAUGACGACAUGCACGAAAUUUGUUUUCGUCCCAAACAGACAGGAUUACAUCAAGUUCGAAUCAAAGUAGACGGCCAAGACUUCUGUCCACCGAUUCAACUGUCAGUGAACGAAGACGGCACCGUUAGAACAUCCAAGGACAAACGUCAACGCCCAACGCGGGGGCACCAUCUCCACGGAGACGUACGAGAUCGACAUGUUGAGCACAAAGGCUGGAGAACGUCAGAAAUGAAAGAAGGUCGAGAGAUGCAUCGUUCACUAAGUUCGCAGUCGUCUCAGAGCGGUGGUAGUCGGUCAGAGUCUCUAGACUAUCAGACAAGUGUAAACUACAUUUCAGGAAAAAACGGACAAUUGUUUGUGGAAAGUGACGGGAGACUUGUACCAGUGAAAGAGAGACAUGGACAGGUAGCAGACAGUGCAACAAAUGCAGCACUUAUGCGACGUUCAGUCGAGACUAGAAAGAAGACGAGUCGAUCUAAGCAGGCACUAGGAGCAACCACAAAGUCGUCCGACAAGCAUCAACUCUACAACUGUACUCACUGUAACAAAUUGAUCAAACUCAAGAGACUGCUGAUACUCGAACGAAAGCCAUACUGUGAAUUUUGCUUCAAACUACUUUUCAUGAGAAAAGGACCCGAGCAACAUUUGGAAGCCCUUCAAUCUCCAGAAAGAGGCCCAGGAUUCUCAAACAGAAAUUCGCUAAAUCUUUCUCGAUUCUCAGUGAAUCCAAAAGCAAAUCUGACCGGUUUGAAACUAAAGCACGUCAAACAUGCCCAAACCGAAUUCACAACGUUUGACAGGCAUGGCACAGGUAAAGCUGAUAGAAGAUUCUUGGAGCCACUGUUAAGAGCAUGCCUCGCUCAGCAUCUGUCCGAGCACAAGACUAAUGAAGCAAUGAUGCAUCAGAACACCAAACAAGCGAUAAUACGAUGUGGACUGUAUGGUCCAGGAGAAAUGAGUACUCUGCAGUUCCUAAAUAUCCUGGCAUUUGCCAUGCGCGAAAGGACAACUAAAUGGCUUGCCAAAACUGCCAAAUCAAAGAUGAAACGAAGCCCACUGUCAGAGCCAAAUCUCACAGCUAUACCUAACAAGACUGACAUGUUUAGAGAUGGUGCAGGCAGUGACAGCAAAAUAAGAGCGACUAAACUGGUGGGCACUCUGGAGACCAUUCCGUCAGCAGAUGACCUAAGCUCAAUUUCAGAUGACAGAACACUACCUGAGGACUCCGAGCUGGCAGAUUUGGAGUUACCCGAAAGAGUAAGUACAGGUUCACCUAUUGUACCAAAUGCAAUGAAUUCUAUACCUCCACCCACUACUGAGGAAAGGACAUUUGGUGUAACACACGGCAAUUCUGAUGCCUGGAUGAUGUAUUGAUCGAUUAGACAUGCACGAAGUUGGAACCCACAGGUAAUGACAUAACAAUUACAGAUUGUAUAAAUAGCAGUUUGAACAUGUGUAACAGCAGAAGUCAAUUCAUUGCUAAUUAGCACGAGUUCUAUUUCAAUACUAUCCUCAACAAA